AUGUCCGAUAUUCCGGAAACCCGACUUGUGCAGCACACCCUGACCCCUGCCGCCACUGCGGGCCCAAGUGCAAACGCCGAUUCCAACCGCUCUCCGCCCCGCAAAGAUUCUGACACACAGACAUUGGAGGAACGGGCAAGGCAGAAUGUUGCGUCUUUCUUGACAAAGUACCAACCGAGGCAAUAUGCGCCUUUGCGCUCUGAGAUCAACACUGCUGCUCAGCAUCGCCCGGUGAACGCUAGUUACUGCUACCGUCACCAACCAGAUUCGAAGUGCAGACGCCAAGCCGAUGAGCAGUCAAUGACUCGGCUGCAAAGCGAUCUGGACACACUCCCUCAAAGUGAUCAGCAAGGCAUCGCCCACGUUUGGUCCUUGUUCUCCGCUGCUCCAGCCAAGCAGCGCACUCUCAUGCUUCAGGGAAUUUUGGCUCAGUGCUGCUUCCCCCAACUCUCUUACAUCUCUGCUAGCGUCCGCGAACUGAUCCGAAUUGAUUUCCUUGGAGCCCUGCCCCCAGAACUGUCUUUCAAAAUCCUUCGAUAUCUUGAUACCGCGUCCCUUUGCCGAGCAGCUCAAGUGUCUCAUCGCUGGAGAGCCUUGGCUGAUGAUGAUGUGGUCUGGCACAGGAUGUGUGAGCAACAUAUCCGCCGCAAGUGCAACAAGUGUGGCUGGGGUCUUCCGCUUCUGGAUCGCAAGCGUUUGCGUGAGGCAAAGCGUGAGAUCGAGCUCCGUGCCACCAAUUGGGGGCACAACCAGCCUGCUGCAGCCCCUGUCGAGAACACCAUUUCUGAGUCUUGCUCGACAGCCGAGCCUCCUGUUGGUGGAAAGCGCAAGAUUGACUUUGAUGACCAUAGCACCGCACUGACAAAACGUCACUGUGCAACCCCCGGACAAGCUCUCGAAGAGGACGAAGGUUAUUUCAAGACUCGUUACCGUCCAUGGAAGGAUGUCUACCGUGACCGCUUCGUGGUUGGCAUGAACUGGAAGCACAAGCGAUGCUCGGUUAAAGUGUUCAAGGGCCACCGAGACAGUGUCAUGUGCCUGCAAUUCGAGGACAACAUCUUGAUGACUGGAUCCUACGACGCCACUAUUAAGAUUUGGGACACCGACACUGGCGAAGAAUUACGAACACUUCGAGGCCACACUGCUGGAGUGCGUUGUCUCCAGUUUGACGAUACCAAGCUGAUCACCGGUAGCUUGGAUCGCAGCAUCAGAGUGUGGAAUUGGCGCACGGGCGAAUGUAUCUCCAAAUACAAUGGUCACAGUGAAGCGGUCAUUGCCCUCCACUUUGAUAGCACUCUUCUGGCUUCUGCCUCCGUUGACCACACAGUCAAGAUCUGGAACUUCAAGGAUAAGUCCACUUUUGUGCUUCCUCAUCCAGAGGGAGUCAACGCUGUGAAGAUCGACACUCCCUCGCGUACAGUCUUGACUGCCUGUGAUGAUGGCGCAGCUCGCCUAUGGGAUUUGGACACCAAGACUUGCAUUCGAUUGUUCCACAAUCACAUCGGAGCAGUCCAGCAAGUUAUCGCUUUGCCACGUGAAAUUGAGCUGGAAAGCCACCUCGCUGACUGUGAAAACGAUCACGUCAGUACCUCCUCUCAGGAUGGCGAUGCCGUCAACACCCUUUCCCCCAUUCUUGAGGCCAAGUCCCUCUCUAUCCAACCUUCGUCUUUCGGCGCUUCCUUCGACCAAGAAGAGAGCCGCCUGGAGCCCCCACGCUACAUUAUCACAAGCGGUGUCGAUGCCACUAUUCGCUUGUGGGAGACCAGCACUGGAAGAUGCCUCCGUACGUUCUUUGGUCACUUGGAGGGUAUCUGGGCUCUCUCUGCUGAUACCCUGCGGAUUGCAUCGGGCGGCAUGGACCGCAUGGUGAAGAUAUGGGAUCCCCGUGUUCCCACUUGCCAGGACACCUUUGAAGGCCACCGUGCUGCUGUGAACUGCAUUGGUCUCAGUGAUAGCCGAUUCAUCACCGGUGGUGACGACUACCAAGUCCGCAUGUACGAUUUCCGGGCUUCGUGA